AACCUACAAGUUUUUCUGCCCCCAUCUUCCUUCAGGUCUUGAUUAAUUUUGCGAGUUUUGUACUCCAUCUCCCACCAGCCUUUGCGGGACAUUUACAGUAAGAAGUGGCUGCUGCAUGUAUACAUCGCCGGACUGUCAGCUGAAUGCAGCUGUUCAAAGUCGUUGCCUUUCACAGGAAGUUUGGACCAGAUACGUCCCACGCGGACGCGGACAGUCCCGUUUGUUAUUCAGAUUUUAGGCAACACCUCCUUGGAUCUGCUGACAAGAGAAUCUCACUUCCUCUAAAAAAACCCUCAUCUUCUUAGUUAGAGCGAAUUCUGCUGAGAUCAUGCGCCCGUGAUCAGACUCCGUGGAUUGUUUGUUCGGGAGCUGACAGUAACUGAAUGAUGGCCACCAACAGGAGGCUGGCUGUGGACAGCUCUGCUGUUACCUGCUUUAUAACCUUAAGUUUGGCUUGUUUGCACGUGACUGCCUUUAAAUCCCAACUUUUUACGAGAUUGGGUGCCAGAAGUUUCUCCUCUGAACCUCCAAUCAUCUACAAGACAUUCUACUUUAACCAGAGGAUUAAUCAUUUUGGAUUCCUUGAGGACGGCACUUUCAAGCAAAGGUACCUCGUGGCAGACAAACACUGGCAGGAGCCUGACGGACCCAUUUUGUUCUACACUGGAAAUGAAGGCGACAUCACCUGGUUCUGCAAUAACACUGGAUUCAUGUGGGAAAUAGCCGAAGAGUUGGGCGCCAUGCUGGUUUUUGCAGAACACCGCUACUACGGAGAGUCCCUGCCAUUUGGACAAGACUCCUACAGCGACAGCAAACACCUGAACUACUUGACCUCAGAGCAAGCACUUGCAGAUUUUGCUGUUCUCAUUCAAAAUCUGAAGAGCAAAAUGCCGGAAAGCCCCGUCAUCUCCGUGGGAGGUUCCUAUGGAGGGAUGCUCUCCGCCUGGCUCAGGAUGAAAUACCCCAACGUAGUUGUCGGAGCUCUGGCGGCAUCUGCACCGAUAUGGCAGUUUCCCCGGAUGGUGGGAUGUGGAGAUUUCUACAAAAUAGUAACACAAGACUUUGCCAAAAGUGGCCAAAACUGCGAUGUAACCAUUCGCCGCUCUUGGAAGGCAAUAAAUAAUUUGUCUUCCACUGCGUCUGGUCUGCAGUGGUUAUCUGAAGAGUUCAGUUUAUGCUCGCCGCUCAAAACUAAGACGGACGCCGUUAUCUUCAAGGGCUGGCUUCAGGAGACGUGGGUGAAUCUGGCCAUGGUGGACUAUCCCUAUGAAGCCAGCUUCCUCCAACCACUUCCUGCUUGGCCAAUCCAGGUGGUGUGCAAGUAUCUUGCUUUCGACUCUAAAGCGUCCGACUACGAUCUACUACAUGGCGUCUCUCAAGCAGCUAAAGUCUACUAUAACUACACUGGAAGCUCCUCCUGUCUCAACACAUCGCAGACAGCAACCAGCAGCCUUGGGGCUCUUGGCUGGACGUACCAGGCCUGCACAGAGAUGGUGAUGCCCAUGUGCACAGAUGGGGUGCAGGACAUGUUUGAGCCUGAAGACUGGAACUUCCAGGCCUUUUCCGAUGAGUGUUACAGCAUGUUUGGCGUCCGGCCGCGUGAAGACUGGGCCGGGACACUUUAUGGGGGCAAGGACAUUUCCUCUCACAGCAACAUCAUCUUCAGUAAUGGCGGUCUGGACCCGUGGUCGGCUGGGGGGGUGACUUAUAACAUCACAGAGUCUCUGGUUUCCAUCAUGAUCCCCGAUGGCGCUCAUCACUUGGACCUCCGCUACAGCACCGACCUGGAUCCGCCGUCUGUGCGAGCGGCCCGGGCGCUGGAGCUGAAGUUCUUCCAGGAGUGGAUCGACAAGACCAAGAAGAGAACGGGACGAAGCGGUACAGAAAACCGGCUUUGACAGGAACAUUUCUGGUUCUAUUAGACUCCAAAGUUUGCCAGAGGCCAUUUAGGACGUUUCUGUGGAAGGAAAACUUGAAUUUACACUCCUAUUUUUUAAUGCCAAACCGUAACAUUUCAAGGAAUUCAUACUUUAAGUGCCAAAGAAACCUGCUUUAUUGCUGACGAGUUUUCAAAGAAUGAAUGGAUUCCUUUUAGUUUUUCAAAUGUUGUUUAAUUAUGUCACUUCUUUCAGGGUGCUUAAAGCUUUAAUUUGAAAACCAUCAAUAUCUCAUUUAGUCGAUUGCGAUCAUUCAUGCCGGUUUCCAGCUGCUCUCUUCCAGGUAUGAUUGUUUUUCUACCAUAUUGAAGAUUGUCAAAUUUCAAUAAGCCUCCGGAAAAACGCCUGGUACUAAAUCUCAAACUUUUGACAUGUUUUGGAAAAUAAACUUCACAGAAGAACCGUUU